AUGCCCAUGUCCUUUGGGCGCGCCAGCAAAGCCAAAGGAGGUAGUCUCUCGUCGCACAUGGGCUCAAAGGACCAGGACUCCGCCUCCGCCUCUGUGGUUCCUUCAUUGGGACUCAAGUACGAUACUCCCACUGCAGCAGGCAUGCGUGAAGACGCUACCAGCGAGCGUCGCAGGCCCAUUGGACCAGCCAAGAGACCUGCUACCUCUGAUGACGAUGGCAAUGACGAUGACGAUGACGAUGACGAUGACGAUGACGAUGGGCUGACUGUGGAGGAGAGGGCGGCGAAUAGAGAAUUAGAUCGACGGCGGCAGGAAGCGGGAGAUGAUGAGGAUGAUGAUAGUGACGAGGAUGGUAGCGUCGACCUGGGACCGGAACCUGGUGAUGGACAGGGCGGAAGUGGACAGAUGCCGAUUUCCGACUCCGUCGAUCUGAGAGAUCACUCAAAGGUGCGUUCACCCUCACCGCAUUCAGAGAUUUUGCUUUAACGAUGCAUUCGAUUACUGAGCAAGAGGAUGCUUGUGGCUCUGAUAGACAGUCUCGGCUCUUGCCGUGGAUCAUGCAGGUGCCAGAGUAGCUACUGGCGGCUUCGAUUACGACGUCAAACUGUGGGAUUUCGGCGGCAUGACGUCAGCAUUCCGCCCGUUCAAGAGCUGGGAACCGGCAGGAACGUACUGGGUACACGAUUUGGCGUGGUCAGCCAGCGGUGAUCAACUAUUGGUGGCAAGCGGAACACCCCAGCCGAAGCUCUUCGACCGAGAUGGCAACUUGCUGUCAACCUUCAACAAGGGAGAUAUCUAUAUUCGGGACAUGAAGAAUACCAAGGGCCACGUUGCUGAGGUCACUUCUUGCGUUUGGCAGCCUCACCAUCCUGGCACGUUUGCCACUGCCAGCGCAGAUAGCUCGCUGAGAUUAUGGUCUGUGGAGGAUCCAACUAAACAACAAAAGGUCAUUGUGGUCCGAAGCAAAGAGCGCGGCACCAGGACGAAGGUCACUUCCAUGACUUUUAGCCACGACAGCAGGACCAUUGCGGCAGGGUGUUUCGAUGGAGCUUUGCACGUAUGGGGCUCCAACACAAACGCAGCUCGACCUGAUAAGAGCAUUGAAAAUGCGCAUGAAAGGAAUAACGAGACCUCAAGCGUGGUUUUUUCGAGGGACAAUCACACCUUGGCCACCAGAGGUGGGGACGACACCGUGAAGCUAUGGGACUUGCGAUCGUUCAGACGUCCACUGGCGACUAGAGAUAAUUUGCCAAACGAUUACGGUCAAACCAGCGUCAUUUUCAGCUUAGACGAAAGGACCAUCCUGACUGGCACGUCUGUAGUGAGAGCGCAAGGCUCCGAAGAACUAAUGAGAGCCAAUGAAGCAGGCGAAGCACCUCGAGUGGUCAAGGACGGCGCUAUCGAGGUUAUGUCUCGAGACGAUCUUUCUCCUAUCCAACGGAUCUCUGUGGGGAAAGGCAACUCUGUUGUCCGGCUUCACUGGGCGUCUAAGAUCAAUCAGCUUCUGGCCUCCACGUCUUCCGGCGGCGUUUCGGUCUUCUACGACCCUCAAAUUUCGAGCCGCGGCGCACUUUUGUGCGUUGGCAAGCGCGCGAAGACGCAGAGGGUGGUGGACAGCUACGCCGAGAUGCCCAUCAUCACGCCUCUGGCAGGAGAUGCAGUAUCGCGAGGGCAAGGAACAAGCCAAGCAGCGAAAAAGAGAAGGCUGGAGAAGAUGAGGCAAGAUUCUCAGGCGAGCAAAAUGCCGGAAAGGCCCAUGGCUGGGCCUGGUAAAGGAGGUAGGAUUGGCGCUGCUGCGACGCAACAUGUCGUGCAGAGUAUCUGGACCGGCAAUACCAGGACGGAGGAUCCGAGAGAGGCUUUGCUCAAGUAUGCGGAUAAGGAGGAAGGGAAGGACAAACAGUGGACUGGAGCUUGGAGCAAGACUCAACCCAAGGCUAUCUACGCUCAGGGUGAUGAUGAUGAUGAUGAUGAAGGCAAUGGACAGGAUCAAGAGCGUCAAGGAAACAAGUAG